AGGACAACCCCGCUGGCGCCGCCGUCCUGCCGGGGCCGGAGUUGGGGGGAUGUCCUUGGCCUUCCCUGUGGGCCGGAGGCAAAUCCCCUGCCUGUCCUUCUUGCUUCCUGCCCCAGGCCCCGAGCUGAGGACGAAGAGCCCGGAGGACAAAUCCCCCCGUGAGACCCUGGUGGGAGAGGCCGUUUUGAAGGGCUCCCCAGCGCAGGAAGGCAGCGGGGAGGAAAAGGGCCGGAGAUCCCCCCGCAGGAGGGGCUCCAAAGCCAUCCCAGGGUGCUCUGAGGAGGAAAGAGCCAGCCUGUGCCGGGAAGGCAGCUGGAGCUUGAGGGGGAGCUCUGACCUGGAGAUCCCUGAGCAGCCUCCCAGCAGGGAGAAGCCCUUCAGGUGCUUGGAAUGUGGGAAGAGCUUCAGGAUGAGCACCACCCUCCUUCGCCACCAGCACAUCCACACUGGGGAACGGCCCUACACGUGUGGGGAAUGUGGGAAUAGCUUCAGGCAGAGUUCCACCCUUUGCAAACACCAGCGCAUCCACACUGGGGAACGACCCUACUCAUGUGGGGAAUGUGGGAAGAGCUUCAGUGACAGCUCCAACCUGAUCCUGCACAAGCAUAUCCACACUGGAGAACGGCCCUAUUCGUGUGGGGAAUGUGGGAAGAGCUUCACUCAGAGCUCCAGCCUCCGCAAACACCAGCGCACACACACUGGGGAACGGCCCUACUCAUGUGGGGAAUGUGGGAAGAGCUUCAGUGACAACUCCAUGCUGAUCCUGCACAAGCAUAUCCACACUGGAGAACGGCCCUACAAGUGUGGGGAAUGUGGGAAGAGCUUCAAUCAGAGCUCCAACCUCCGCAGACACCAGCGCAUCCACACUGGGGAACGGCCCUAUGCAUGUGGGGAAUGUGGGAAGGGCUUCUGGCGCAACUCCAGCCUCCACAUCCACCAGCUCAUCCACACCGGGGAACGACCGUACAAGUGCUUGGAAUGUGGGAAGGGGUUUCAGACCAGCUCCACUCUCCUCGUGCACCAGCGGACGCACACGGAUGAGAGGCCCUUCCGCUGCACUGACUGUGGGAAGGGCUUCAAGCAGAACUCCACCCUCGUCACCCACCGGCGCAUCCACACCGGGGAGAGGCCCUACAAGUGUGGGGAGUGUGGGAAGAGAUUCACCCAGAGCUCUACUUUGACCUCACACCAACGGACCCACCACAGGGAGAAGCCAUUCAGGUGCUUGGUAUGUGAGAAGAGCUUCAGGCAGAGCACAAACCUGAUCCGACACCAGCACAUCCACACUGGGGAACGGCCCUACACGUGUAGGGAAUGUGGGAAGAGCUUCAGGCAGAGUUCCAACCUGAUCCAACACCAGCACAUCCACACUGGGGAACGGCCUUACACAUGUGAGGAAUGUGGGAAGAGUUUCAGUGACAGGGCCAACCUAUGCAGACACCAGCUUAUCCACACCAGGGAACGGCCCUAUAAGUGCUUGGAAUGUGGGAAGAGCUUUCAGCGCAGCUCAACUCUCCUCAGGCAUGAGCGGACGCACACGGAUGAGAGGCCCUUCUGCUGCUCUGACUGCGGGAAAGGCUUUAAGCAGAACUCCCACCUUGUCACACACCAGCACAUCCACACCGGGGAGAGGCCCUACAAGUGUGGGGAGUGUGGGAAGAGCUUCACCCAGAGCUCUAACUUGACCAGACACCAACGGACCCACCAGGGAGAAAAGCCCUUCAGGUGCUGGGAAUGUGGGAAGAGCUUCAGUCAGAGCUUCAGCCUGCUCCGCCACCAGCAAAUCCACACUGGGGCACGUCCCUACACAUGUGGAGAAUGUGGAAAGAGCUUCAGCCAGAGCUACCACCUCCGCACCCACCAGCUCAUCCACACUGGGGAACGGCCCUACAAGUGUGAGGAAUGUGGGAAGAGCUUCAGCCGGAGCUUUCACCUUCGUUCCCACCAGCACAUCCACACUGGAGAAUGUCCUUACACGUGUAGGGAAUGUGGGAAGAGCUUCAGUGACAGCUCCACCCUCCGCAAACACCAUCGCAUCCACACUGGGGAACGGCCCUACAAGUGCUUGGAAUGUGGGAAGAGGUUUCCAACCAGGGGGAAUCUCUACACGCAUGAGCGGACGCACACGGAUGAGAGGCCCUUCUGCUGCACCGACUGCGGGAAACGGUUCAAGGAGAAAUCCCAUCUUGUCACCCACCGGCGCAUCCACACCGGGGAGAGGCCCUACAAGUGUGGGGAGUGUGGGAAGAGAUUCACCCAGAUCGGUGUCUUGACCAAACACCAACGGACCCACCAGUAAGAGAAGCCCUACCAGUGCCCCGACUGCAGGAAGAGCUUCGGCCGCUGCUUCCACCCCGAAUGAACCCCCUGAUGUUGAGGCAACCCCUGGAGUCCAGUGACUGUCAGUCCAUCCCUUUUGACCACAAAGGGCCAGUCCCCUUUCCCAGGGGCAGCUUCUUCCAACAGAACCUUUCUUGUGGGGUGUGUCGAGAUUCCUGCCUUGGCUGGGGACCCCCCAAGGUCAGUUCUGGAGGUUGAGAGCAGAGAUCUCCCCACGAGUGUUGGUCUGGGGGAGUUCCAUCCAUCUCUAAUUAAGAAUUAUUGAUUUUGUGCCAGCUGGAGUAGAAUUGCUUCAACAAUUGCUUUAGUGUAGAGCACUGUCCUAUCUUAUCCUGUACUCCUGAUAGUUUUAGUGUUUGUAUUGUGCAGUAAAUAAUUCUGAUGAAGAUUUUUUGUCUGGUCAUUUGGAACCCUAAAUAAAUCAAUAGAUUUGAUUUGCCAUCAUUAAAACCUUGAGGACAAAAGUGGUUCACUCACACCUCUCUAAUUUCUCUAAACUCAAACUGUUGUCAUUACCCAAGGCUGAGAUUGGAUCCAGCAGCCUCCAGAACCCCAGAGGAAGUUGGGAGCUCAGGGGGGCCACCCCCUUUUGCCAACCCCCCUGUGCCCAAAGACCCCCAUGGGACCAUCAGGCCUGCCAGACCACCUCCCCUUUUCCACCCUUCUCCCUGUUCCUCCCACUUUCCCAUUGUCCCCUCAAUCUCCAAUUUUCCCCCUGAACAGUUUUGGGGGCCCAACCCCCACUU